GGUAGGGAGUAUUAUUAUAGUUGUGCUCGAGCUGUGAUGUUUUUGGACAGUAAACCCAGCACUUUUUCUGGCGCAUAAGGUGAAGACACCAGCGUCUUCCUACAGAUCCUGUAUUUGUUUGGCCAAAUGCCAUCAUGCCCAUCAUCAGUAAUACCAAUGACUUCAGCAACGUUUCGGCCAGCACUGAUGACAGCAGCCUCGACCACUUUUUCACUGAGAUCCUGGAGAUGGAGACUGCCAAAGGGGUGUACUUUCAGAGGACCCAGUUUCUGCGUGACCCCUCCUCCGUUGGGAGCAUUGACCACAGCCGGCUGGCCCUCAUCAAUGUGGGUGGAGACCGCUACACAUUCCCCUGGAGCACGCUGGACGAAUUCCCGCUCUCUCGUCUGGGGCAGCUGCAUCACUGCCGUGGGGCCAAGGAGAUUGCGCUCCUCUGUGAUGAUUAUGAUGAGACACGGCACGAGUUCUUCUUCGACCGCAGUGCCGCCACCUUUCGCGUCAUCCUCAACUUCCUGGCCGCCGGCAAGCUGCGGCUGCUGGGUCAGUCGUGUGCCAUCUCGCUUUCUGACGAGUUCACCUACUGGGGCAUCGACCCGGCACACAUGGAGAGCUGCUGCCGGCGACGCAUGUUGAGCUGCCUAGAGGAGGUGGCUAAGUGCAAGCAGAGGACGGAGGAGCGGAGGAGCCGGAAGCUGUGCUCAGGACCCGCCAGCGAGGAGAUCUGCAGUGUGAUGAGUCAGCUCAGGGAGGCCGUGGACAACCCUCACUCUGGAUGGAUGGGAAAGAGCUUUGCCUGCCUUUCGGUGGUCAUGAUCGCUGUGACAGUGAUCAGCCUCUGUAUCAGCACCAUGCCUGAUCUCAGAGAGGAAGAGAGCCGGGGUGAAUGCUCGCAAAGGUGUCGGCACAUUUUUAUUGUGGAGACCGUAUGUGUGGCCUGGUUCUCCUUGGAGUUGGCGUUGCGUUUCAUGCAGGCUCGCAGCAAGCUAGUGUUUGCUCGUGAGCCACUCAACAUCAUUGACGCGCUGGCCAUUUUGCCAUACUACAUCUCCCUGGUGGUUGGUGAGAAAGAAAGGAGUCCGGGCAUGCCCACUGCUAGAGGGGCAAGCAGAGGGUACCUAGACAAGCUGGGGCUGAUUUUACGGGUCAUCCGUGCCCUUCGGAUCCUGUAUGUGAUGCGUCUUGGCAGGCACUCGCUGGGCCUGCAGACGCUGGGCCUGACCAUGCAGAGGAGCACACGCGAGCUUGGUCUACUGCUGCUCUUCCUGUUUGUGGCUGUGGCCCUCUUCUCCCCCCUCGUGCACCUGGCCGAGAACGAGCUGGCUGUCGGCCCACCUGUGGAGCCCAACAGCUUCAGCAGCAUCCCUGCCUCCUAUUGGUGGUCUGUCAUCUCCAUGACGACGGUAGGCUACGGCGACAUGGUGCCACUUAGCAUCCCUGGCCAGGUGGUGGCCUUCAGUAGCAUCCUCAGUGGCAUCCUCAUCAUAGCCUUCCCAGCCACCUCCAUCUUUCACGUCUUCUCCUGCUCCUACCGUGAACUCAAGCAAGAGCACGUUGUGAGUUACAAGGAGGAGAGAGCUGCCUUCCUUGCUGCAAGUGCUGCAGAAGAGGUCAGAAGAAAGUCAGAGACAAGACCUCAUGCUUGGUUACAGGUAGACACCAACAAAGGCUGCAAUGAUGAGAAUGGGACUAGCUCUCACCAACCUAUCAUCACACAUACAGCAUGCUGA